ACACAUAAUCUUGUAUCUUUAACACCAUUUUUUAAACAUCGUGCAUUAGCUGGUGUAUGGUUAGCAUUAUCUUAUAAAGCGUUAAGUUCGGCAAAUGAGGAUAUAGAAAAUGAUUUUGAUUGGCAAUGGGAUUUAACAGUUGAUUCAUAUUUAGAUGAUAAUUGGAAAUUAUAUGAAUGGAAAACAUUUUUUCAACAUCGUCUAUCACCGUAUAUUGUUAGUGCUGGUGAUUGUGCUGCUUUAAUACCAGAUACGAAAAUACGUGAACCUAUUGAACGUACUACAUGUUAUAAUCAACGAACAGUUGUAUGUCGAAAACCAUUAGAAAACGAAGGAAAAUCAUUUCAUAAAAAGGUUAAUUAUAAGAAAUUUUUACGUUUACAAAAUUUUACUGAACUGCCGGAAAAUUCUCGAAAAUCAAAUAAUAUAACAUCACCAUCGUCAUUAGUCAUCACUCGUAGUAUGUUUGAAUUAUUUAAUACAACAACAUAUCGAUUGAUUAUAUAUUUCAAUGGUUCAUCAUCAUUAACAACAAAUCUUGUUUUUACAUGUAAAUCAAAAGGCAUUAUUUUUCAACAAUUUAUUUUAUCAACUGAAUUAUUAUCAAUAAUGAAAUAUGAUAUUUCAAUUAAUUCAAUAGGAAAUGAAUAUCAGUUAUUAUUUAAUUAUCUUCGUUCAUCAAAUUGUACGAAUACAACAACACAUCAAUGUAUUUAUUUAUCAUGUAUAGAAAAUGAUCCAUGGUAUUAUUUAAUACCUGAAAUGCAAACUCGAUUUAAUAUUAUUCAUAAUCAAACAACAACAAAUAAUAAAUGUUUAAUAAAAUAUAAUUAUACAAAUUUUAAUGCACAAAUAUGUUCACUUUUAAUUGAUCAAUUUCGUAUAACAGAAGAUACAUAUUUAUCAACUUCAUUACCAUCAUUUAAAACAAAUACAUGUUUAGAUUUUGGUGGUCAAUGCAUUCCUGAUUCAUUAAUAGUACCAUCAUCAAUGCAAUUUAUAGCUAAUGAUCUAACAUGUUCAACAGGAUUUAUUUGUUGGUUACAAGGUGAGCGUUGUGGUACCAAUUCUUACUGUGUUGAUCGUCUUCGAUUUCCAUGUCCUACAACAUCGCAUUUAACUAAUAUAACAUGUUUAAAUACACAUCAUGAUUGUUGUACAUCAUCAUUACCAUCGAUUGAUUCACCAUUAAUUGUUUCUACAAUAUCAAAUCAACAAUCUUGGAAUAUUCUUUUACCUAUUUAUUAUUUUUCAUUUCAUGGUACAUCUAAAUGGGAUAAAUUCUUUUUUAAUUCAUGGUUACGUAUGGGUAGUGAUAUAUCGCAUGAUUUUAUUAAUGAUGAAUUUUUAUUUUCAUGUACAGCUAUAUUUAUUGAUCCAACAUUACUUUUAACACAUGAAUCAUGUUUACCAACACGUUUAACUAGUAGUGAUAAACGUUCAAUAUUAUUUUCAUUAAUUAAAAAUGAUGAUAAUGAUGAAUAUGAUAAAGUUGCUUUACAUGUUGAUACAUAUCAAAUAUAUUCACCAUUUCAAUUAGUACGUUUAGCAUUUCAACAUGAUUUUCUUGUUAAUAAAACUUAUAAGAUAUUAAAUGAUAUGAAAUUAAAUAAACAAAAUAUAAAUGAACUUUAUUGUGUACUUGUUUUAAAUGAAAAUGAUAUAAAACCCAUCAAAUUAAUUAAUGAUUUUGAAAAACAAUUUAUUUUCGAUGAAAAUAUAUCCGUAUUUUCAUUUCAUAAUUCAACAAAUAUUGAUGAAGAUGAUGAAUGGUUAUUUUCACCAAUUCUUUGUGUUAUGAAUGAUAAAUUAAAUGAUUGGAUUAUUGUUGGUAUUAGUGGACGACAACUUAAACAUAAAUGUAAAAUAUUUAACCAAAUAAAAUAUUGUCAAAUGACAUUUAUUUAUUCAUCAACAUGGAUUGAUUGA